AAACAGGCAAGUGGGCUUCGCGUUUAGCGACAUUUUUAGACCUUUUUGUGGACAUUUUCACCUUCGUUAGUGGCUGUGCGGUACUCGUAGCCGGGCAAAGUGAGCCGGUUUGUCUCUCGAAGAGGUGGAAGACGAGGAGAAGCACUUCAGGAAAAUCCAUUCAAGGAAAUCUGAGUUUGGAAGGACAGGCCCUGCUGCUCCCCAGGAAUUGCCCCAUUUUUUCCCCCCUCAGUCAGUCAUGGACUAAAUCCUGGAGGAACCUUCCUGUCACUGGUUUCCUUUAAAGGGAGUAACUGCACUUUUGUCAGAGCCGGACAGCCCAAAUGUUUCUGGGACAGAGCUCGGCUGGUGAUCGGAGGCCAUGAAGCAGCCAGGGGAGUGACCUGGCUGGACCCCAGCCCCCAGGUUGGUGCCACUUUUCUGGCACCAUGGCAUCCAACGAGAGAUUGUACGAAGUCUGGAUGCUUUACGUCAACAAGAGGGAUCCAGACUACCUGAAGAUAUGGAUGGAGAAUUUCAUCAGCUCCUAUGAGCAAUGCCUUGAUGUGGACUUUGAAAAACCACCUUCCAGGCCGGAAGAGGUUCCUCCGGUUCUAACGCUGCUCCCGGACAACAUCCUGCAGGUUCUGCGGCACCAGCUGCUGCAGUGCGUGCAGAAAGCCUCCGACGGCCUGGAGGCGGAGCAGCAGCACCUGGCUCUGCUGCUGCUCAAGUUCCUCAUCAUCGUCUGCAGGAACCUGUCCAACGUGGAAGAGAUCGGCAGCUGUUCCUACAUUAACCACAUCAUCACCAUGACAACGCUAUACAUUCAGCAGCUCAAGAGCAAAACCAAAGAGAAGGAGAUGGCCGACCAGAGUCAGGCGGAGGAGUUCGUCCGCCACGCCUUGGCCUUCUGCGAGAGCCUCUACGACCCCUACCACAACUGGAGGCAUCGAACGUGCGGGGAGCAGCUGGGUACAGUGGAGAGGAGCAGGCAGAAGUACAAAGCAGCUCCCCUCACUGUGGAGUUUGUACCUUUCUUUUACCAGUGCUUCCAGGAGAGCGAGCACCUGAAGGAGAGCCUAAAAUGCUGCUUACUUCACCUGUUUGGAGCCAUAGUAGCUGGAGAUCAGAGGAACGCCCUGCUGGCCAUCUCUCCAGCCACCAUGGAGGUGCUGAUGCGGGUUUUGGCUGACUGCUCCACCGGCGGCUGCUCCGCGGACGAGGCGGAGGAUUGGGACAGCGAGGCUCCCGACCGGAAGGCCCUGCUGACCUUAGGCUGCCUGAGGGAGGUGGUGCAGCGCCUCCUGGCUUCCAGCUCUGACCAGCGGCAGGUGGAAAUCGCCGCCGUCCUGGAAAACUACUUCAAGCUGCUGAACUCUGACCCCGCUGCCGUGGUCGCAGCCCGCCAACAGCAGCAAACCAAAGGCAGCGGUCCAACGUUAGGCCGACACUGGGAGAGUCGGUUUGUGGCGCUACAAAUUCACAUGCUAGACACUAUCAGGGACAUGUUCCUGUGCUCAGACAGGCCGGUUCUACAGGCCAUCUUCCUCAACAGUAACUGCUUCGAGCAUCUCACUCGACUGCUGCAGAACAGCAAGCUGGUUAACGCUAGGUGCACCGCUGCAGACAAGGACCAGAAAGAUAUAACCAACAACAUGUUACAGACAGGAGAGGGGGACACUCAGGUUUUUCAGGGGCGUCUUGACUCCCUCGCUGUAGCUACUAUCAAAGCCCUCACUACAGUGAUGCAUAAAUCUCCAGCUGCAAAGGAGGUUUUUAAGGAGAGGAUUGGUUAUAAUCACUUGUAUGAAGUACUGUUGUCACUGGGUCAACCGUCCCGACACCUUCUCAAAGAGAUGAUGAACAUGGCGGUGGAAGGCGAGCAUACCUCCGUGGGCCUCUUGGGCAUCAGUAACGUGGAGCCCUUGCUGCUUCUGGUCCAGUGGCUCCCCGAUCUGGAUUCGCCUGAGCUCCAGCUCUUUACGGCCGACUGGCUCCGCCGCCUCAGCUGCCUGAACCGCCAGACCCGUGCCACCUGUGUCAACGCCGCCAUGGUCAUGCGAGCUUUAGCCGCUCUAGAGCAACACGAACGGCUCCACAGAGCUUGUGCAGAGAGCCUCUUCGGGUUAGUUGGCUCACUGGGCUCGCAGUCUUUAGGCGCCAGGGAACUGUUGGAAUUCCUCCGGCUCCUACGACCGUCUGAGUCCAACCCAGCCCACCCGUACGUAGGCCCAGCCCUGAAAGCCCUCCUGGUGAUGGUGCGGAAGCAGGGGCUUGAGAGCGCCAUGCAGUACUUCGACCUGUCGCCCAGUAUGGCCGGCAUUUCGGUUCCGACGGUGCAGCGCUGGCCCGGAUCUGCCUUCAGCUUCAUCGCUUGGUUUUCUCUCGACCAGGACCAGCUGGGCCCGAUCAGUAAAGACAAGCGGAAGCAGCUUUACAGCUUUUUCACUCCUGGAGGAACCGGGUUUGAAGCCUUCAUCAGUUCAGCAGGCGUGCUGGUGGUGGCUGUGUGCACAAAGAAGGAAUACGUCACCGUUAUGCUGCCAGACUACUGCUUCUGUGACUCCCUCUGGCACAGCAUCAGUGUGGUUCACGUCCCUGGAAAGAGACCAUUCGGACAGAGCCUCGUCUACAUUUAUGUGGACGGGCAGCAGAAACUGUCCGCCCCCCUCAAGUACCCGACCAUGACUGAGCCCUUCACUUCCUGCUGCAUCGGCUCAGCAGGCCACCGCACCACCACCCCCCCACCCUCCCAAAUACCAGACCCUCCCUUCUCCUCAACCCCCACGCCAACCACCCGCUCCUCCCUGGGCGGCAUCCUGUCGCCGCAGAGCUGGGGAGGGUUGUUAGGCGGGAAGCCCGAGUCCGUCACCAAGCUGAUCUCAGCCGGGACCCAAGACAGCGAGUGGGGAAGCCCGACGUCCCUGCAGGGCCAGCUCGGGAGCGUCAUGGUGUUUCACGAACCCCUGCAGGCCAAUCACAUCAAAGCAAUCUGCACCGCUGGUCCAAAUUGCAUCUCUCCAUUUAAAACCCAGGAGUCAGAACUGGGCGAUCUGUCGAGCAAAUUACUGCUGCAUUACUCACCCAAGGCCUGCAGGAACCCGAUCUGCCUCGACCUGUCUCCAAACGCGCUGCACGGCCGCCUGACAGGAAACAAAGUUGUCAACUGGGACAUUAAGGACAUGAUCAGCUGCGUGGGCGGCCUUCCAGUCCUCUUCCCAAUUCUGGAGCAGCUGGCUCUGGUGACCCCCGACCAACAAACCGCCGAUCCCGCCGUCGGAUCGGACUUCAUCACGCCUGAUGUGGCCACGCCGGCUGAUGGAGACUGGGUCAUUCUCCCAUCUAACAGAGCGUCAGAGGCCCGUCUGGAGAAGAAUCUGGUGGCCACUUUCCUUUUGGUGCUGAAGCAUUUCCUGCAGAGACACCCGGUCAACCAGGAGACUCUCCUCCACUCGUAUGGGGUUGGGACACUAGGAGCCCUGCUGCAGAAGCUUCCAGCCGGUCAUGUGGACGUGAGCGUGCUGGUCGCCACGCAGCUGCUGAUCGAGCAGGUGACUCAGGAGAGGAAUCAGGCUCUGCUGCAGCAGCUCCACGCACAUCUGCUCUUCAACUUCAACAUCUGGAGCAAAGGGGACUUCCCUCUGCGCAUAGGUCACAUCCAGUACAUGUCCACCGUCAUUAAGGACGACAGGAAGCAGUUCAGGAGGAAGUACGGCGUUCAGUUCCUGUUGGACACCGUGCGCCUCUACUACGGGAAAAACGCUAAUAAAGAGAACGACCUGGGCGAGGACGACGUUCGCGCCAUCCGGGCGUCUCUGUGCGGCUUGAUCAAGUACUACAUCAGCAAGGGCACGUCGCAGGAGGAGAUGCACAGCAUUCUGGGAUACAUCGCCGCCAUCGGGGACGAAGAGCAGCUCAGCUGUGUUCUGGAGCUUCUGCUCAGCCUGCUCCAGAGCAGCCCGGCCAAAGACCAGCUCUUCCUGCACCUCUUCGAGCCCACGGCCGCAGACUCGUGCUACGCUCUGCUGCUUAAUAACAAACACUCGGAUCGACUCAGAGAGCUCGUCUUCAAGCUUUUUGAGCGCAUGCUGCGCUGCGACCGCGUCUACGAGAAAAACAAGCAGCGGUUACGCCUGAGAGAAGCCGGUUACUCCAGCCUGUCGCUGCUCUUCUCAGAGCUUCACAUCACUCCAACGUUGGUCCGCUGCCUCCUCAAUCAGAUCCUCCACACAGAUCAAGUGGUCAACUAUAAGGACCUGAUGGCUCUGGUCCAGCUCACUCACCGAGCCGGACCCAACGUGCGCCUCAUUGUCUGCAAACGGGUGUACCAGCUGCUUCAGUCCCAGCAGGAAGCUGCAGUCCAGAUCUCCAAGCAGCAGUGCUGGCAGGACACCCUCAUGCGCCUUUUUCUACGAGGGGAGGGCUCCCUGCCGCUCCGCAGCUCCGACACCAUCAGCGCCUGCAGCUUGGACUUAAACCGGAUGAGCGGCGGCGGCAACCGCCUGGAGCUUCCCUUGGAGAGGAGGGGGCGAGCAGGCAGCGCCGGGCGCUUAGAUCGGCCCGAGGACGACUGGCUCAGCCUGGGGGACACUCGCUCCGUCGACAGCCUGGAGAGCGGCGACGUCAUCUCGCUGCUGGACACGCCGUCGUCCUCCGCCUCCACCACCGAGCCCCCCCUGCAAGGCAAGCCGUGGGUGGUGGGCAAAUCCGGGGGCUUGGUCCUGGAUCUGUCCCACAUCCAAGCAUACGAGGGAGCGGAGAGCGGCAACCAGACACCUGGGAGCAUGCCCAGCACGCCAUCGCCGCUGGAAAGUUCCAAGCCGUUUCCCGGAAGCUCUGGCGAUCGAGACGCAGCUUCCUCUCAGGUGGAAGACAACUUCCUGUUUAGUGACAACAUCUCGCUGGGGGAGUCCUUCAACAGCGCAGAGAGGGCGGAGGAGGAGCUGUGCAGCAUGCUGCUGGAGAUCAUCCUGUGUGUGAUGUGGCGAGGCGUGGAGGGCUCCGACGACUCGGCGUGGCUGGAACGCGGCCAGGUCUUUUCGGCUCUCACCAAACUGGGAACGGCCAACGAGCUGCUGCUCCCCGUCGACCGGAUCAAGCUCAGUUUGAUGGAGCGGAUGCUGGAGUUGGCGGUGAGCGACAACCGCGAGGCGUCGACGGCCAUGCUGCCGCAGCACACCGAGAACGCGGUGCGGCUGCUCCACAUCGUGCAGGACUUCCUGCAGACCGAGGGCCUGGUUAACCCGGCGCUGUGGACGGAGAAGGUGCUGGAGGAGGCGGUGACCCUCAUGGACUGCCUCAUGGUGUGGUACUCCGCCGGUGCUCAGUGGUUCCAGCUCUCUCAAGUCGGGCUGAGACUUCUGCUGGGGUUCAUGGCUCAAGACGACGUCCAAGUCUGCGCCAUGGCCACCGCCAAGCUAAACGGCAUCCUUCAGACGAAAGAGGUCUCCAGCCAGGACGAGGCCUGCUACCUGCUGGGGAAGUUAGAGGGGAUCCUGCAGCGCUCCAUCCAGGAGCAGUCCGAGGAGAUCUACUCCUUCCUGGUGCCGCUGCUUCGAACGCUGCUCUUCAAAGUCCACCGGCUGCUCUACAUGGAGCUGCACCUGCCCAAGCUGCCCGACACCAACGGAAGCCCCUCCUUCUUCGAGGACUUCAAGCUUUACUGCGACUCUCCAGAGUGGCGUGUCUACCUCGACAAAUAUAUUAUUCCGUACAUGAAACAGUACGAAAUUGAGACCUUCAGCCAGGGUUACGAGAGCAUGGCGCUCUACUGGAAGGAGUGCUACGAGGCCUUCAUGGUCAGCCUGCACAAGAGGGAACGGGAGCGCGGCGAGAGUAAGAUCCGCUUCCAGGAGCAGUUUGUGGAGCCGUUCUCUCGCCGUGGCCGCCAGGAGAACCUGCGCUACAACAGCAUGCUGAAGCAGCAGCACAGUCAGAACAGCGCCACCCUCAGGCAGUGGAAGGCGGCCCGACGAGGCCUGGUUUGUGAACGAGGACCUUGGGCUGACCGGCUGCAGGAUGAGAUGCACUGGAGAGUGUCCAGCGCUGAGAACUUCUCCCGCAUGAGGCUGAAGCUGGUCCGGAACUACAACUUCGAUCCUCAUCGAGAGGCCAGCGCUCUGAGGGACAACCUGGGUGUCCAUCAGCAGCGCGUGAACGCCGAGUCUCUGCUGCUGGAGGCGGUGAAGCAGGUCAAAGUCAGCGACCUGGAAGACGACAUCCUGGAGCUUCCAGAAGACGAUCCCGCUGUCGCCAACAACCAAGUGGAGGCGGAGGAGGCCGGCCAGAAGGAGAAGCUGGUGCUGUGGGAGGACUGCGAGCUGGUGACGGUGGUGGACGUGGUCCCCGGACGCCUGGAAAUCACCACCCAGCACAUCUACUUCUACGACAGCAGCCCAGAGAAGGAGGAAGGAGAAGGGCACGACUUCAAAUGGCCGCUGUCGCAGAUCCGAGAGGUUCACCUCAGGCGGUACAACCUGCGGCGCUCGGCGCUGGAGAUCUUCCUCAUCGAUCAGACCAACUAUUUCCUCAACUUUAAAAAAGAGGCGAGGAACAAAGUGUACAGCCGCAUGCUGCUGCUGCGCUCGCUCAGCCUGUAUGGAACCAGAUCACCGCAGGAGCUGCUCAGAGCGUCAGGACUCACGCAGAAAUGGGUGAAUCGGGAGAUUUCCAACUUUGACUACUUGAUGCAGCUCAACACGAUUGCAGGGAGGACCUACAACAACCUGGCUCAGUACCCGGUGUUUCCCUGGAUUUUAGCAGACUACACUUCAGACGAACUGGACCUGUCCGACCCGCGGGUUUUCAGAGAUCUGUCGAAGCCGGUGGCCGUGCAGAACGAACGCAACGCCAAGGCUGUGAGAGAGAAGUAUGAAAGCUUCGAGGACCCAACUGGUACCAUCGACCGAUUCCACUACGGCACCCAUUACUCCAACGCCGCAGGAGUGAUGCACUACAUGAUCCGGGUGGAGCCCUUCACCUCCCUGCACAUCCAGCUGCAGAGCGGACGGUUUGACUGCGCCGACCGACAGUUCCACUCCAUCCCUGCCACCUGGCAGACCCUCAUGGACAACCCCAACGACGUCAAGGAGCUCAUCCCCGAGUUCUUCUACUUCCCAGAGUUCCUGGAGAACCAAAACGGCUUCGACUUGGGGCGCCUCCAGAUCUCCAAAGAACGAGUGAACGACGUUGUUCUACCGAAGUGGGCCAAAUCCCCAGAAGAUUUCAUCUACAAGCACCGCAAAGCUCUGGAGUCUGAAUUCGUGUCUGCUCACCUCCACGAGUGGAUCGACCUGAUCUUCGGCUACAAACAGAGAGGUCCUGCAGCUGUGGAGGCUCUCAACGUCUUCUACUACUGCACAUAUGAAGGAGCGGUGGACUUGGACGCCAUCACCGACGAAAAGGAGCGUAAGGCUUUGGAAGGGAUGAUCAGCAACUUCGGACAGACUCCCUGCCAGUUAUUGAAGGAGCCCCACCCCGUGCGGCUGUCGCUGGAGGAGGUGGAGAGAAGGAAGUCCCAGCUGGACUCGUGUCCUCUCAACAUGUUCGAACACCUCGGCAACCUCAAGUCCUUCUUUGUGGAGGGUAUCUGUGAUAACGUCCCGCUGGUGAAAGCCGUAGUGCCAAAGAAUCAGUCGCACUCCUUCAUCAGCCAAGGGAGUCCCGACACCAUGGUGACGGUGAGUCAGAACUGCCUGGUUGGGACUCACGGAUGGCUGCCUUACAACAAGAACAUCUCCAACUAUUUCACCUUCAUUAAAGACCCCGCCGUCUCCAACGCCAAAACCCAGCGUUUCCUGUCGGGACCCUUCGCCCCGGGCGUGGAGGUGUCUCCGGGGCUGUUCGUCGUCUCCCACGACGGGAAGCUGCUCUUCAGCGGCGGACACUGGGAUAACAGCAUUCGGGUCACGUCGCUGGUCAAAGGCAGGACGGUGGCGCAGCACAUCCGGCACAUGGACAUCGUCACCUGCCUGUCGACAGACCACUGCGGCAUCCACCUGAUCUCAGGCUCCAGAGACACCACCUGCAUGGUGUGGCAGGUCCUGCAGCAGGGCGGAGCUCCCGUGGGUCUCCAUCCCAAACCCAUUCAGGUGCUGUACGGACACACGGACGAGGUGGUCAGCGUGGGGGUCAGCACAGAGCUGGACAUGGCUGUGUCCGGAUCCCGGGAUGGUACGGUGAUCAUCCAUACGGUGCGCCGUGGGCAGUACAUGCGCUGCCUGCGCCCUCCGUGCGACAGCUCCCUACCGCUGUCCAUCCUUCACCUGGCCGUGUCCUGGGAGGGCCACCUGCUGGUCCACACCUGCCUGGAGGGCAAAGCCACUCUCAAGGAUAAAAACACCCUCCAUCUUUACUCCGUGAACGGGAAGCACCUGUGCAGCGAGCCUCUGAAGGAGCAGGUGACGGAUAUGUGCGUUUCAGGGGAGUACGUGGUCAUCGGCAGCGAGCAGGGAUACCUGUCCAUCCGUGACCUUUACAGCUUGUCUCUGAGCGCAGAGCCCAUGGCCAUGCGCGUCCCCGUGCGCUGCGUCUCCGUCACCAAGGAGCAGAGCCACGUGCUGGUGGGCCUGGAGGACGGGAAGCUGAUCAUCGUGGGCGUGGGGAAGCCGGCGGAGAUGCGCUCCAAUCAGAUCACCCGGAAGCUUUGGGGAGCCAAUAAGAGGCUGACCCAGAUCUCCUCGGGGGAGACCGUUUACAACACCCAGCAGGACAGCAACUGACCCCUCCCCCCUCACACAGACACGCCCAAAACCUCCUCUCCUCGGACCUACACCCUCCCCCCAUGCAUACGCUCCCUAUCCCUCCUUUUUAUUACUUUUUAUUUGUUCAUCACCAACAAAGUUGCAUCGUUUUCGGUUACUUUCAUUUGCAUUUCGUGGGUUUGGAUCGUACGGCGCCGGCGCCUUCGCAUCCACAUGCAAGUUUGUUGCCAGGUUUUGUCUUUUACGUGGCCUUUUUUCUUUUCUUUAUUAUUAUUAUUAUUUUUUAAGUUUCUACCAGUUUGUAAGCGGAUGCAGACAGGCCGGCCUGUCGACUCAGUGCUGCCCCCUGGCCGCCUUAUGCAGUAACACAGCUCCACGACAAAACGACCAAAUUCUCUGCCUUUCUGUAUGGUUUCAUGUGAUUUUUAUAUUAUUGUUUGACAAAAGAAUGCAUGUUCUUCACAUUGAAAAAAAAAGGAGUUACCAUAACGAUACGAUAGCGGUUAAAAAGUUGUGAGAUUAUUUGUGUUUUCGUAAAUUACUAAUAGUUGCACACUACGCACUCAAACGCUUCACAUGCAGAUUUAGUCUGGACAAGUUACUUGAAUCUUUAUUUAUGAGUAAUUUUUGUUUAAAUCACUUUGUGGUUUGAAGUCUCCAGGAUAUUUAUGACUCUUCUGACUGUUCGCAAAGAAGGAAAAAGCCUGAAAUACUCAAGGGCUCCAGAGAUGUCAGUGUUAGCAGCAAUACGUCUUUUCUCUUCUGUUUCUUUUUUCCGGUCUUCCUGCAGCUGAACCGGGACGGUCAGUAGAACCAGACUUCCAAUUCUUUAGCUUUCUUCCAGCAGUUUAUGACUGAUUUUUUUUAGGGAGUUAUACUUAGGAGACAUUGAGAACGAUUAUAGGAAUGAAAAUAUUUCCAUUUACGGUGCAGUAAAAGAGUUUUUAUUUAAACGGAACACUAAGAUGGUUUGGAGGCCAGCCUGUUCUUCUUUGAUGCAUUUUCUUUUUUAGAUAAACUGUUGAUCUACGACUGCAACAAACUGAGUGCCUUUAUCCCAGAGUGCUGUCAACACAAAGCUAGAUAGUUGUUUAACUUCCCCUAAAAGAAAGCAGCAUUCCGCAUGUAAAGGGUCCACUGAACUCGUGGAUACAGAACUUCAGAAAAUUCUAGAUAUUUUUUUUUCUGUUUGUUUUUGGUUGGAUAUGUGUGUAUAACUGUGAUUAUUUAUGAAUUCAGUAUAUAUUGUACAGCAUGAUUUUUAUUUUGACAUGUACUUUUGCACUUUCCAGGUACUAAAUUGUAACAAAUUGUUUUAACUUUUUGCUCCUUAAUCUGUACAAACGGCUUUGUAUACACACGUGAAAAUGAUCAUUAAAGUCUUGUCUGAAUUUAGUAAAA